AAUAUUAUUCUCUCCUUUCUCCCCGUGGAUCUAAUCGAUUAGUCUCAUAUCCCCGACCUUCAAUGCAUUCGUCCGUCAUCAUUGGUUCUAGCAGACACUGUUCUGCCGCGCAGUAGAGAGCCAUGGAGGUAGGACCUCAAGGCUUACACCUGCCGUUGCCCACACGGUCGAAUCCUAGUCUUCUCCAGUCCUCAAAAGCAGAUUCGUCAAAUAAUAAAAAAUCGCCGACGGUACCACCCCGAAGUCCAAUUUCAAAAAAAUCACCGCCAUUCGGUGGUCUAGCUAGUAAAAUCGGGGGAUCUAAAGUGCGCAUACCUCUAACUGGCUCAAGGCCGCUGGUACCGGCAGGCGAGAGGAGGUCUGGCGGUCAAGAUGGAAAUAAAGCAAAAUGGGAGUCCGAGGGCGACAAGUGGAAUAUAGCACCAGACGGAGGUUCAGCCGGCCGGGAAGGGAGGCAUUUCACCGUCGCCAACGUGGGUAACAAUGGUCAAAUAUACUUAAGACCUACUAUAAGGCCAGCAAACCAGAGAUAUCCACAACCUAAUUUCACAUUCCCGGCAACGCCACCAAGCACGGCAGGUUUAGAUGCUCUGACUCAGAAUAAGAUAAGGUCCGAUGACAAUAGUGAGCUGCUUAACGGUCAAUGGACCCCUACCCCCCAAACCGAAUCUCCGUCACCCGGAGUUGUAAGGAAGAAGGCCUACUUCGAUUUAAAAUCAAUUAAAACCCGGAAUCGUCGCGCGAUGUCGGACUCAACCAUUCAGGACGCAAGCAUAGCACAAGAGGGGGAUGCCGGAGUGUUCAAGGUCGUGAUAUCAAAGCCGCAGAACGAAUCGAGGUCGAAAACCGCCGAAGAUGCAGGCCCGGAUCCAAGCCAACUUCUACAAGUAUCCAUUCCUUCCUGGAAGUUAGGCACGCCGAGAUUCACUCUUAGGGGGACGCCUUUGAUCCGAGGCUCGUCAUAUGCUCCCACCGAAGACGUCCGCUCGAGUAACGCCUCGUUCUUUCGACCGCCUGUUCGUGAACUUAACUCUCUUCGCCCAGAAUCUCUAGAUACCGUAAGACAAAGGGCGAGCUCUACGCCUCACAUCCAGAUACCGUCACCGGGCUUACUUAGUCCUGCCACCAUUCCCACACCUCGAUCUCCUAUUCCUCCCGUUCGAUCAACGUACCACUCAACAAACUUGGUUAUAGAGCCCAGCAUGUUUGAUGCGCUUACUUUUAAGCCAGCCUGCGACGACCGUGCGAUUGUGCGCUAUUCGUCAACCACAAAUGCCGUGACGGCCGCUACGCCACCACGAUUAGUUGCUGAAAUCACCUCUCCUACUUUUUUGGAUUACGAACUAAUUUCUGAUUUCUUCCUCACUUUCCGCGCGUUUCUCGAUACCCAUGAUUUGCUCCGGAUGCUAGUUGCUAGACUUAGAUGGGCCGUAUCCCGCGAUGACGAGACAGGGAUGGUGGUUAGGGUGAGGACGUUUGUGGCUAUGAGGCACUGGAUCCUUAAUUACUUUGUCGACGACUUUGUCGUGGAUUACCACCUCCGUGUGAUGUUUUGCAACCUUAUAAACGACUUUGUUGAGGAGCUUUCCCAAGAUGAGCGUGGUAGGAAGGUCCAGUUGAAGAUCCUAGCUGAGUUGAAGAAAUGUUGGAGGCGAGUAUGUGCGCAGUUUUGGGACGGCCCAGAAUUCGAUUCGUCGCUGGGUUCCGAUAUUCCUAUUGCUCCCGGUGGAAUUGCUGGUCAUCGAGAUGCUGGCUUGGACCCGAGCUUCUGGGAAUCCGACCCUGACGACCUACCGCAGUUGUACGAUGUCCACCUAUCGGAAGCUGGCCUGCGCCCUGAAAAUACCUUUUAUCAAGACGUAUCUAGGGCUGGUCAUCUCGAUUCGAUUUUACUCGACGACGCGCGCGCGGAUACGCCAGUGGACGAGGAGGCGGGGCGGCCCACUACUGAAUUAGACCGGAGACAGACAUCGCCAACUAGUAUUGCGAGUCUCGAUGUGGUGUCAUGUUCAUUUCCGGCUAAGGGAUUCCGGAUUGGCGAACCUAAUACGAGUUCUGGCCUCGCUGCGCAUCCUGCUGAUCCCAGUUCUAUCUACACCAAUGCGGAUCCUGUUGCGUCUACUCCGCGCGCUCUGACCGGGAAACGCGUUAGGCCCCAUACGUCUCAUAGGCGGAACAACAGUCUCACAGAUUCUCUUCGGGAUCAUGGCUCAGUAACAGAAAAAGUUUUGUACAAGAACGCCGAGCUCCUGCUGACUUUGCCAUAUGCUGGCAGCCUUGUUCGGGGAAAUAUUAUGCCUCCAGCUCAAGCUUUUGUCGAGAUAGACCCCCCAAGUCCCUGGGGAGGGGCGCGUCAGACUACAGUUUUCCAAACGCAUCCUACUGAAGGGUCGAAAGAGAAAGGUUCUGCGUCGGCGAUGUCGGGACAAGGCAUGAAAAAGUUAAUCGGCAGUGUGCGGAGAGCGCUGAGCACGAGGGGACAGGGUGUUUUAUCCACGCGAGGGAAUUUCAUCGAUAUCGCACCAGUUGGGCCUCGGGGCGUGACGACUAACAGACUUCCGGGAACGGCGGUUGUUCCGCAAGCACGACCGCCUCCCCCGAGCGGUACCCGUGCUGCCGUGCGAAUCGAUCUCCUUGGUGCUACUAUUGCCGAGGAUUUCAAAAAGGCUGUGCAAGAGGACGCCAUUAUCGAAGCCGCAACCGAAGACAAUAAUAAUAAUAAUGACGACAAUACAGGGGUGGCCAAUCCCCCCAUUGAGUAUUCUGUAGCCCAUUUAGACUCUUCGUUUGAACUGCGGCCUACCAGCGAUGCGGCGAUUACGGCUGGAAGCAAGUCUAUUGUUAUUGUCGAUGGAACUUUGCCCCCUGGCGAUUACCCACUUAUGACUGGUACUUUUACGGCAUGGAAUCCAUCCGUCGAAGCUUUUGCGGAGAGCAUGAUGCGGGCUGCUGGCGGCGGUGAUGCUGAUCUAACGCCACCAACAACGCCGCCUGGACAAGCCUUGCGCGAGGGUACUCCGAGAAGAUCGUCGUAUCUCCUUGGCAAGCAACUUUCUAGACACUCUGUCUCCAGUGUCCCAUUGCCGCCGUUUGUUCCUGAUUUGGAAACGUUGGGCCGAGAACGUUCAUCCGUAGAAACCACUCCUACCGCGCGCCCGUCAGUCAGCUUUGUUAAGCAGUCGCCCAGCAAACCCCCAUUAAGCUACGUGAAACGACAUCAACGUCAGCAAUCGAGCCGUAGCUAUAGGUCUAGAGGCUCCAUUGCUCAUCGUCGAUGGGCAUCCUUCCAGAGCGGCAUCGCUGCACAGUCUACGAUUGGGAGUUUUGAUGCGACUACGUAUUCAGAGGGAUCCGUAGCUUCAGAAGUUAUGCCCCCGCCACUUCGAGUCCUUCGAAGACGGCCAGGUGGAGAUCUGAGAGGUGUGACUAAUGUACAUGACCUAGACAAUGCACCAAUUCACAGACCGCUUCAUAGAUCACGGUCUGUAGGCUCGUUAACGACUUAUACGGACUCCUUGAGGAGCUCUUAUCUACGCAGCCCUAUUGGGGAGUCGAGCGGGUUUGUUGAUAUCGUCAGCAGCGAUUAUUCUCAAAAACGAGCGGAAGUAUUCUCUUUAGGAGCUAUGGCAGAGCAGGCCCCGAAACGUGCACCAGCAUCCUUAUUCAGCACCCAUUCGUCGAAGCCAAUAAUGCGACCGUCUUUCGAGGCCGAGGCUCAAAAGCUUGCUCAAAUCCCAGAUGACGUGGACGAUGAUGGAGGCGUCGAGUCGGCGCUUAUGAAACUUGAGGGCAAAUAUGAGAGGAAGAUGAUCAAACUCUCAAUGGAACCGUCAAAGAUACCGCAAAGCGAUCUUGAUGAACUCAAAGAACGGCCCCCAGCAACAACACCUGAGAUAGAGCAAGCUAAAGAAGAAAAACGAAAGCACCGUCAGCAACAUAUCGAUGAGGAAAUUCUUUCUCCAAUGGAAGAAAGCCACGAUACACCGCUCAAUGAAAACCUUGCCGCUCCCCGGCUUUCCGAGGCGAUUUCGUUCUUGUCGGAAGAUUCAAGGGAGACUUAUAACUCAACGCCUCUACUUGAUCGAGGAUUGACAGACGACGGGCGUAGCAAGACGGCUACUCAGGAAUGGACAGACCACUCAAUACUAGUAGGCCCGGACACGCCACCAGGAGAGAGUGACGAGGCUGUUGCUACCACUUCGGUUCGCCCAUCUUAUGAGUUUGUGGAGAAGACUGAGAGUAUCAACAAGAUCGAGGCCGGAGAAACUGCGCCAGAAGAUCCCUCAUUUCUAGACGUUGACAGUGAUAAUGAUUCUGCUUUAUCAUCCGAAAUGUCGGGUGAAAUGCCUGAAGCUGACGAUUACAUCUUUGGAGAACCACAUUCACCGAGGAAGCUUACUCCCAUAAAUACCGGGUCCCCUGAUACUGAGGGCAGAAUUACCUUCACGUCCAGAGAUAAACCUCCUUCGCCUCCCAUGACGUUAACGCGUACACAUGCUUCCGAGGGUUCGGAGGCUGAUCAUGUUCCGCAGCUUCAUGAACACCAGCUUUGGGCCCAGAAACCGUUGCCGCCUACACCUGAUACGACGCCUACUACUGCUAUGUACCGUCAUGGUUCAGGUUCGCUUAGGGACCCAACCGGCACGGGAGAGGCGUUGCGCAAUGCGCCUCGUUUAUCUGCCGAAGGUGGCCGAAAGAACUCGGCUCAUCUGCCUUUCAUACUUGCCUUCGACUCCGAGAUACUUGCUCAGCAAUUCACCUUGAUUGAAAAGGACGCCCUGAAUGAGGUUGACUGGAGAGAGCUGAUCGAGAUGCGAUGGAAAAAUUCCAACAAUGACUCACGGUCGUGGGUUGACUUUCUUCGAAACACGGACGCCCAUGGUGUUGAAGUUGUCAUCGCACGGUUCAAUAUCAUCGUCAAGUGGGUCAUCUCAGAAGUUGUCCUUACGCAAGAUAUAGAGGAACGAGCGCGUUGCAUCAUCAAAUUCCUUCACAUCGCUAGCCAUUGCAGGAGAUAUCGCAACUUUGCCACCAUGAGCCAGAUCACCAUUGCUUUAACGUCAAACGAAGUAGCGAGGCUAGCCAGGACUUGGGCUAUGGUUCCACCUACCGACCUAAAGACUAUGAAGGAUCUUGAGACCCUCGUUUCGCCUACGAAGAACUUCUACAAUCUCCGAGCCGAGAUGGAAGGUGGUGGUACCGCUUCUAUUAUCGGGUGUAUUCCUUUUGUCGGUAUCUAUACCCACGACUUGCUUUUCAACUCGCAACGGCCGUCCGAAAUUGCUAGCUCGCCAACCACAGCACCCUUGGUCAAUUUUGAGCGUUGCCGUAUCGCCGCUUCGGUGGUGAAGACGUUGCUUCGCCUACUUGAAGCCAGCACUCAUUACCAGUUCCAGCCCAUCGAAGGUAUCACGGAACGCUGUCUCUGGAUGAGCGCUUUGAGCGACGAGGACAUCAGAAAACACUCAGAAAGUCUGGAAUAGAUGGCAAGCAUUCUCUACGAAAAGGAACAGCAUCAGCUAGUCUACCCGUCGAAAUUAUUCGACAUAAUCUGUACAUCAUGUGUCAAUGAUUGAUGUCACCAUCGCUCGCAUACCCCUAUUUCAUUUACUACCAAUCAAGGACAUCAUAGACGAUACUCGGUUCGCUUAAAAUUCGUCACCAUUGUACAAACACGCAGGUUUUUGGCCA